AUGUAUCAUUACAGCACUGGCAACAAUGGGGACAAAGAUAAAACGAACCAAUCCCGAGAUACCACUCCUGCUAGAAUACCCAUUGGCAGCAAUCAUGAUUCAGAGGUUGAUUCAGACCAAGACGAUAAAGCCAACUUACUCAACCCGGAAACUGGACAAAGCAAGCAGGGGUUCCUCUCGUUUGAGUAUUACCAGUCGUUUUUCGACGUUGAAACACAUCACGUGAUAAGUAGGAUAUACGCAUCGAUCAUUUUGAACUGGAGAAAAAAUUUCGUGAAGCACCAACUGAGACCUAAUCCGGAUCUUUAUGGUCCAUUCUGGAUUGCAGCAACUCUGGUUUUCUCGAUCGCAGUAAACGGAAAUGUCUCCUCUCUCAUCAAGACUCACACAAAUAAUGUGUCCGAUGCAAAGUCUCCCAUAAACGACACCGGCGACAAACCAAACAAAAAUGCGGAUGUGUCUCAGACCAGCAAGUGGGCAUAUGAUUUAGACACCAUAUCGACUGCGGGUCUGAUGGUGAGUCUCUACAUGUGUUUCGUGCCUGUGCUGCUCUGGCUGUUCCUGAGAUGGAGAAAGAGCCUCAACAUGAUUUCUUUGCUGGAGGUUGUCUGUGUCUAUGGAUACUCACUUUCAGUAUUCAUCCCAGCCUCUCUGUUGUGGCUGAUCCCAGUGAGUGCAGUUCAGUGGACGGUGGCUAUAGUGGCCCUCCUAGUCUCCUCUGCAGCCCUCUGUCUCGCCUUCUGGCCAUCUCUCAAGGAGGAAGACAUGCCUUUGCUGUUUGGCACCUUGGCUGCAAUUGUGUUGUUACAUGGAGGUCUGGUGAUUGGCUUUAUGUGUUUAUUAUGAUGAAAGUUAGUUGCGAAAAAGAAAUUCAUUUAUGUCACAAUCAGUUGGGUGUUAUUCGGAAGAAGAGACUGGAGCUUCAGUAAUGGACUUGAUUGAACCGAACUCAUCUGUCGGUUUCAUUUGGUGCUGGGAUAGAUAUAGUUCCAAAGACAAAAAUACGCCUUUUAUUUGUAAAAUCACACUUAAUGUACCUGCAGAAUUGUCCUGUAAAUAUUGAAAAUGUUAAACGAAUAUGUACACUUGAUUGUAUGUUGGUAUAUUGGGUAAAUUUAUAAAUUAUCUCAGCUUUUGUAAAUUCAAUCAAAUUGAAAUGUU